AUGACUUUACACGGGUCACCCUACGGGUCAUCCUGGCCAUCCAACAAACCACCUAUCAAGUCAUCUGGGGAGUCAUCCGGGGCGUCAUUCGGGUCAUACAACAAGUCACAAACCCAGCGUCACAACCAGCCUAUCGAGAAGCAUUCCGGUUACUGGACGGGUUUUCCGAACAGCAAACAGUUGGAUCCCAACGUGUUGAAGGCCGAAUGCGCCAAAAUCUUCGAUCAAUUCGACCAGGGACAGCUUAUAUCAGCUCAGACCAUGGCCGAAGAUCUCGUGAAUCGCUACCCUUUCAUGCCCAUCAAAGACUCCGCUCCUAUCUACUCCAUGCUUGGCCUCUACCCUUUCGGUCUUGACCAUGCAGACAGAGCAUGUCGGAUUUACAAAAUAUUGUACUCUCGUGAUCCUUCAUUCAAGGUCGCAUACCAAAAUGCGGAAGACUCACUUACCAAGGCACGGGAGGUCGAGGCUCUGUGGGAAGCUCAAGAGAAGAAGAAGCGCGGUACCUAUACCAAAGACCAGAUCCUUCUUGAACGCUAUGAAUCAUUUUACUACAGCGUCUUCAAGCAUAAUCGCAAGGAAGGAUCCAAAACUCUCGUCGAUUCCCUCUUGCAACCAUCUUCCAAGUCUCCAUCUUCCAAGUCUGCACCUUCCAAUUCUGAAUCAUCUUUCGAUUCUACCAUACCUUUGAAGCCUGCAUCUUACUGGGGUAUGGCCAAAGAUUCUACUGGAUCUCAAGAAACGUCUGUCAUGAUGGACGCCAAAUGGCGGGCCAAGAAGUAUCUCGAAUUGUGUCCUGACAGAGAGACCCUGAUACACGCCUUGAAUGAGGAUGCAAGAGCCAGGUACGAAUCUCAGACAAAAAUGCAACGGAAGAUGAGCAGCUGGAACGUAGAUGCCAAAUCCAAAGGAAAGUCUGUUCAGCGCGAUGCUGUACAGAUGUCGACCGAGGAUGCCCAAGAGCCUACUAUUGAACAGAGUCAUUUGGAAAAACUGAACACUUUGAACACCCAAAGAUUGAAGGCAUUUUACGACAAGUUGCAUCAACACGCGAAGAAAUGCACAGUCAAUGGCACUGUCACGGCGGGUCCAAUUCCUAUGGUAUCAGAGCCAAGUACAUCCAGAAAUGGAGACACCGAAAAGACGAACAGCCACACAACAGACGACGAUGAGCAGAUCGAAAAAUCUGGGUCUGACCGCUACACGGAUGUUCCUACAAUGGCAGGCAUUUUGUACCGAGCACAGUUGAGAGCAAAGAGCCGUCCAGAAACAAACGGCACAGCCCCGAAACGCCCCGAAACAAACGGCACAGCUCCGAAAACAUCGGCUUACAAAGUAGUACCUACUUGGGACUAUUAUAAUCCAGGAAACUACUGUCUUUGA